GAGCCUUGUUGAAUAUUUCUUAAUUAGAAAGGCAGGGAGAAAAGGAUAGAUUCAAGCAAUUAAUGGCUCACAAAUACUUGUCAAAUGAGGUCUACAAUAAUGAAAAUUGUGAUGCAGUGAGUGCCCAUGAUCUCUGUUUUUCAGCCAUGGCUUGCUAUCGUUUCCCAUAUAUGCCUAUGUUGGAGGACACUGAUUCUACCUGGAUCCUCCCCUUCUCAGAUGAAACCAGAGAUCAUAAGAAGCAGAGGCUAACCAUGACUUCUGAUGAUUCCAUCGGAAGUAAUAGUAGCCUCUAUAGUGAUCAUGAAAGCAAAAAUACCAGCAGCUUCAAUAGCUUUCCAAGGCUCAAUUUCAGAGAUCAUAUAUCGACUUAUAAUCAAAGAUACCUUGCAGCCGAGGCUGUUGAAGAGGCGACGGCAGCCAUAAUCAAUGCUGAGGAAGAAGAUGGGAGUGCUGAUGGGAUGAAGCUUGUUCGACUUCUGAUUGCUUGCGCUGAAGCCGUGGCUUGUCGUGACAAGUCACACGCCUCUGUUUUACUAUCUGACCUUCGAGCAAAUGCUUUGGUUCAUGGCUCUUCCUUUCAGCGCGUGGCUUCUUGCUUUGUCCAGGGCCUCGCUGAUAGGCUUUCUCUGGUCCAACCCUUUGGAGCAGUCGGUUUUGCAGCGCCCAUUAUGAACAUAAUGGACGUUGCCUCAGAGAAAAAGGAAGAGGCUUUUAGCCUUGUUUAUCAAAAUUGCCCGCAUAUUCAGUUUGGUCACUUUGUGGCCAACGCAACAAUAUUGGAAGCCUUUGAGGGAGAGAGUUUUUUUCAUGUGGUGGAUUUGGGGAUGACCCUUGGUUUGCAACAUGGCCAACAGUGGCUCACGCUGAUCCACAGCCUUGCCAAACGAUCAGCCGGUGAUCAACCACCUUGCCACCUUCGAAUAACUGGUGUUGGUCUUUCUGUCGACAGAUUCCAGAUCAUAGGAGAUGAGCUCAAGAGUUAUGCAAAAAGCAUGGGAAUAAAAUUUGAGUUCUCAGUGGUGAAAACCAACUUAGAAAAGCUGCAGCCUCAAGACAUCAAACUGUUUGAGGGUGAAGUUCUAGUCGUCAAUAGCAUCCUUCAGUUGCAUUGUGUUGUCAAAGAAAGUCGAGGAGCUCUUAAUUCAGUUCUUCAGUUAAUUCACAAGUCCUUCUCACCAAAGCUUUUGGUUCUGGUUGAGCAGGACUCGAGCCAUAACGGGCCUUUCUUUCUUGGGAGAUUUAUGGAAGCACUACACUAUUACUCUGCCAUUUUUGACUCCCUCGACACCAUGCUACCUAAAUACGACACAAAGCGUGCCAAGAUGGAACAAUUCUACUUUGCUGAGGAGAUUAAGAACAUUGUGAGCUGUGAGGGGCCGGCAAGGGUGGAAAGGCAUGAGAAGGUGGACCAGUGGCGCAGGAGGCUGAGCCGGGCAGGAUUUCAGGCUGCACCCAUUAAGCAGAUGGCUCAGGCCAAGCAAUGGCUUGGCAAAAAUAAGGCUUUUGAAGGUUACACCAUUGUGGAAGACAAGGGAUCCUUGGUGCUUGGCUGGAAAUCCAGGCCAAUUGUCGCAGUUUCUUGCUGGAAGUGCUAACUCACAGCUGCCCAAUUGAUCAUAGUUCAAACAAUUUCCAAUAAAGAGAUCCAACAUCAUGGGAACUAAAUAAUUUGUAUCACUGGCUAGCUACAUCUAGCAAUGCCCAAUUCAGUGAGUGAAAACACUGGAUUUGGAGUGAAAAAUAAGUGAUUUGAGUUUGAACUACUUAAGCUGUUAGCUGUUCAGGGUGACUGGACAAAUGAAAUAAAGAGAAGGCAUCGCCGGUUUGCUUUGGAUAUAUGGAGGCCGGGUUCAUUAAUUGUACAUACAGGCCAAGUUCAAUUUGUUUUAUUUUUUAAUGACCAAAACUGACUGUAAUUGGCUCUCUCUUUUUUUUUUUCUGAAGCCUUGUAAUAUUGUAAACUAAUACAAGUGAGGAAGUAAGGUUAGCAUAUUUUCUAGAAAAA